AUGGAAGAUGUUUUAGAUGAAGUAGUGUCCUCAGAGGAUUUGCAAAAAUUCGAGAAGAUUUUUCACGAACAACUUCAGCAGGGAAAUGUAACACCUAAGGCGCAGUUUGAAUACGCAUGGUGUCUGGUGAGAAGCAAAUAUGCGACGGAUAUUAGAAAAGGUAUUCUACUAUUAAAGGAACUGUUUAACUCCCAUGCAGAUGGUAAACGAGACUACUUGUUCUACCUUGCCAUCGGCAAUGCCAGAAUUAAGGAGUACAAUAAGGCUCUGCAUUACGUUAAAGCAUUCCUUGAGAUUGAACCCGCUAACCAACAAGUGCUCGCUUUAGAGCGUCAAGUUAACAAGCGUAUGGAGAAGGAAGGUCUGAUGGGCAUGGCGGUGGCCGGCGGCGCUCAUUUGGCUUUAUUAAUGAAUGCCGCAGUAGGUGUUCAUUAUCUUCUUACUAGAAAUAGAAAGAAGAAUGAGAAAGAAGAG